AUGGGUGUGAGGUCGCGAUCAAUGGCCUCUCCCCAGAGAACGCAGCGUGUCCUGCCACUUACCUGGCUUCAGCCGGAGGCCGGCGCCGAGGGCUCCCCCCUAGACGUGGCCGAGCCGGGAAGCCCAGGCUGGCUGCCCGAGAGUGACUGCGAGACGGUGACCUGUUGUCUCUUCUCGGAGCCCACCCCCGCCGGUGCGCCCCGGGACGCGGGCGCCCCCCUGGCCGGGGCCGCCCCGGAGCCGGAGAGUAGCGGGCGGAGCCGCGAAGCCCGCUCGCGGCUGCUGCUGCUGGAGCAGGAGCUGAAGACCGUCACGUACUCGCUGCUGAAGCGGCUCAAGGAGCGCUCGCUGGACACGCUGCUGGAGGCGGUGGAGUCCCGCGGCGGCGUGCCGGGCGGCUGCGUGCUGGUGCCGCGCGCCGAUCUCCGCCUGGGCGGCCAGCCCGCGCCGCCGCAGCUGCUGCUCGGUCGCCUUUUCCGCUGGCCCGAUCUGCAACACGCCGUGGAGCUGAAGCCCCUGUGCGGCUGCCACAGCUUCGCCGCCGCCGCCGACGGCCCCGUCGUGUGCUGCAACCCCUACCACUUCAGCCGGCUCUGCGGGCCAGAAUCACCGCCACCCCCAUAUUCUCGGCUGUCUCCUCGGGACGAGUACAAGCCACUGGAUCUGUCCGAUUCCACAUUGUCUUACACUGAAACGGAGGUCACCAACUCCCUCAUCACUGCUCCGGGUGAAUUCUCAGACGCCAGCAUGUCUCCAGAUGCCAGCAAGCCGAGCCACUGGUGCAGCGUGGCGUACUGGGAGCACCGGACGCGGGUGGGCCGUCUCUACGCCGUGUGUGAGCAGGCCGUGAGCAUCUUCUACGACCUACCUCAGGGCAGCGGCUUCUGCCUGGGCCAGCUCAACCUGGAGCAGCGCAGCGAGGCCGUGCGCCGCACCCGCAGCAAGAUCGGCUUCGGCAUCGUGCUCAGCAAGGAGCCCGAUGGUGUGUGGGCCUACAAUCGGGGCGAGCACCCCAUCUUUGUCAACUCCCCAACAUUGGAUGCACCCGGAGGCCGCACCCUGGUUGUGCGCAAGGUACCGCCAGGCUAUUCCAUCAAGGUGUUUGACUUUGAACGCUCCGGGGUGCUGCGCGCUGAGUUCGAGUCCACUGAUGGCCCCUAUGACCCCCACAGUGCCCGUAUCAGCUUCGCCAAGGGCUGGGGACCCUGCUACUCAAGACAGUUCAUCACCUCGUGUCCCUGCUGGCUGGAAGUCCUUCUCCACAAUCACAGAUAGAGCGAGCUGCCUGCCGCCAACACCACCACCGCCGCCACCACCACCGUCCCCCAACUUCCAGACCCAGGGGUGCCCCAUGGACGAACCCCUCACCCCUACCCCAUAUCAUCUACCUAGAUUUAAUAUAAAGUUUUAUAUAUUA